GGAAAAGCUACAGAGUUAAAUAUACAACUCCAAACAUGAUUACAGAGAAUGCACUCUACUAUGAGUUCAGUGGAAUAUUAUGUCCCAAAUUAGUCAUCAGGGUAAAAAAAAGCAAUUCGUGCCUUGUUCUGUUGAUUUUGUGUGAAAUUGUGGAUACAAGUGACUGAAAUGAGUUUCCCUCCCAGGGUGGAUGGGCUCACUCUUGUAGAUUUUUGGUGAGGAACCUUGGGCAGCUUGUUUUCGAUUCUCCUUCACAUCCAGGAGGCAUCUGAUAAGGACGCCUCCCCUUUAAAGGUAUUCCAGACACGUCCAACUGGGAUGAGGCCCUGGGGCAGACUCCGAGCAUGCUAGAAGGAUUACAUAUUCCAUCUGGCCUGGAAACACCUCAGGAUCCCCCGGAGGAGUUGGAGGAUGUAGUUUGGGAGUAAAAUGUCUGGGCUGUUUGGUUGAACCUGCUGCCGCCACGACCCCAAUCUGGAUAAGUGGUUGAAAAAGAAUGGAUGGGCUCAACGCUCUCCCCUUUGACCCAGCGACCAACAACGACCCUCUUCACUUCAACAGCUCCAACGGGCUGCUGGUGACAGAGUGUCCGUUGGAAAACAGUGUUGAAAAUGGCAAGAAGAGGAAAAGAACCGGCCUGGCUCCAGACCCUACUUGGAAUUACAAUGGCUCACUUUGUCCGGUUGGAUUUUGCCUGAUGGAAGACGGGAGACGUAACAUGACCAUGGACUCUAACUCCAUGACGAUGCCCAUGUCAGACCCCAACGCCUGGGCAACAGCCAUGAACAACUUGGGGAUGGCUCAGAUAAGCAUGACUGGACAGCAGCUGGUGCCAGAUUUUGACCCCAGUCUUGGGCUGAUGGCAGGCAUUGCCCCCAUAAAUCCCAUGAUACCCGGCCUGGGACUGGCGCCCCCUCCCCUCUCCCAGGAUGUGCCGGUUGUCAAGGAGAUCAUCCAUUGCAAGAGCUGCACGCUGUUUCCUCCCAACCCUAAUCUUUCGUCCCCAGCCACGAGGGAACGGCCUCCGGGGUGUAAGACGGUAUUUGUAGGUGGUCUGCCUGAAAAUGCUACUGAGCAGCUCAUCAUGGAGGUCUUUGGACAGUGUGGGGAUAUCGCUGCCAUCAGAAAGAGCAAGAAGAACUUCUGCCAUAUCAGAUUUGCUGAGGAGUUCACUGUGGACAAGGCUCUCCUCCUCUCUGGUUAUCGUAUCCGUUUGGGCUCCAGCACAGACAAAAAAGACACUGGUCGUCUUCACGUGGACUUUGCCCAGGCCAGAGACGACCUCUAUGAGUGGGAGUGUCGCCAGCGAAUGUUGGCCAGAGAGGAGAGGCACCGGCGCAAGAUGGAGGAGGAUCGCCUCCGGCCGCCCUCCCCUCCUCCCAUCGUCCACUACUCUGAGCACGAGUGCAGCCAGCUGGGAGACAAGAUCAAAGAUGACACUAAGUUUCCUGAAGCAGUGCGGGUGCUCCUGACCUGGCUGGAACGAGGUGAGGUCAACCGCAGGAACGCCAACAACUUCUACUCCAUGAUCCAGUCCUCCAACAGCCACAUCCGCCGGCUGAUGGGCGAGAAGAGUCAGCACGAGAAGGAGAUGGAAGAGGCCAAAGACAAGUUCGAGACAACGAUGGCUGCCACGCUGGCUCAAUUUGAACAGAUUGUGUCUGUAUUCCACGCUGCUUCCAAACAAAAGGCAUGGGACCAUUUCUCCAAAGCUCAACGCAAGAACCUGGACAUGUGGCGUAAACAGGUUGAGGAGAUUAGAAACAUGCACAAUGAGCAGCUGAUGGGCAUCAGGGGAGAGGAGGAGAUGGAAAUGUCUGAUGAUGACACGGAGGACUCCUCCGCCACCAACAGCAAAGACCCUGAGGACACAGGUGUGUCCCAAGCAGAAGCCUUGAAGGAGGAGAACGACUCGCUGCGCUGCCAGCUGGACGCCUACAGGAACGAGGUGGAGCUGCUCAAACAGGGACAGGGCAAGAGGCAACCAAUCGGGAGCGAGGAGGACGACAGCGCACACUCGCAGCGGCUCGGCUUCCUGCAGCAGGCUCUGCAAGGCAUGCAGAAGCAACUUCUGAGAAUGAGGGAGGAAUUGAAGGAGCGGGACGCAGAGCUGGAGAGGAGUGUGGAGGACAAACAGCAGCUGAAGAACCAAAUCCAUAAGCUCAAGGCAGGACUGCACGACCUGCAGGCCACACACACGCAACAGACGUUAAAGGGAGAUGACAGAGGGAUCGAACACAGUGCUAAUCAAGUCAAUGAUGUGACAGCAUCAUCAGUGGUGUCCUGCAGUCAGGAGAAGGAGGGUCUCCCAGAGAAGAACUGGUCCAGUCCUGUUUGCACUGAGAGGGACGCACUGUUAGUAGGGAUCAUUUCAACCUUCCUGCACGUCCAUCCGUUUGGAGCCAGCAUCGAGUACAUCUGUUCCUACCUGCAGUGUUUGGACACAAAGAUUAACCCUGGUGAGGUGGAGGCUCUUCUGUGUCGGCUCCCCUGCACCUUCAGACAGGAGCUGACCGGGGUCGGAGCCAGUCUGGAGAAACGCUGGAACUUCUGCGGCUUCCAGGGCAUCAAGAGCACAUAGACUCUGCCGGUGACACUUCUCGGAAGGACAGUCUAGACAUGUGGAAGAGGCAGGCAACUAAUGAAGGGGCUGGGCUCUACCUGCCCAGACAAGAGCACAAAUUAAUUGCUACAGAUCUCAGAUCAGGAAAUGGUGCUCUGUGUAGGUGGCAGAGAGAUAAAUAUACAGGUUUUUGUGAUAGCAAAUUGAUUGGCAGCAUCUCCAUGGUGAGCACGAGGUGGAUGUAUUUCUAUGGGGACUGUCGCAUCAUCUCUCACUCUCUCACCUUUUUUUUUUUUACUCAUGGGAUUCAACGAAAAGUCCCUUCAGAGAGCCAGUCUCAGCAGGGUCAUGGAAUGGGUUGUAUUUUCAUACUCGCGCCUACAUCUGGCUCAGUGUACUGGCUGACCCGGACUAAAGGGCUACACAGCAAGGUCAUCUGCGUCUACUCCCAACCUCGGAAUGCUAAUGGCAACCUCUGGCUUUCUUUUUCUCUCUCCCUGAGUUUGUGCAAAUCACGUAAAAUAAAUUCUUACAUUUCAUUCUACUAUCUGUGUAUGCUGUUAUAAGUGCACACGAGAUGUAUGCAGCGGUCAGGUCACUUUGUAGUUAUUUUUUUCACUUCGUUCAGUGUUGAAUUAUGCUCCCAUUUCGUGCCACAUAACUGCACUGUGAGUUCUCAAAUGGACAAUGAACAGCACAGAGUAAUCAAGCCCAGAAUGGGAACCUAAAAUGCUGCAAAGUGUUAAAAUGAAGAGGACAGGCAUGUUUUUUUUUUUCGCAGUUGCUGAAUUGUUUGUCAAAAUGUACUUCACAUUAGAUAAUUUGACUCAUCAUUAUUAUAAAUAAAAAAAGAACACACAUUGGCAUUAGGAAGACAUUCACACAGUGCCUUUCAGGUUUGGUGCAUUUUACAAAGACAGACAAUUUCUUUGAGCAUUUUAAAUCAUAAUUAUUGAAUGUGAAAAACCACUUUCCUUCUGCUGGAUUCAUGGUUAUAUUUUCAGCCAUCUAUCUACAGAAAAAAAUUGUGUUCACUGCUCUAUUGUAGCACAGUGUGAAAAGGAACUUCCCUUUGUUUGUCAUUGGGCUCAAACUGGGGUUUUUUUUGUUUUUUUUUAUUGUUUUUUUUUUAAUACAUGCCUGGAAAACAUUCAUGAUGAACUAGUUGAUACAUUUCUGGUCAAACUACUUUGAAUACAGCAGAGAAAGUAAAAUGCAUCUAAAAUAUAGGUAUCAGGCAGUCUGUUGGCUUACUAGAGUGGCUUUACAGGAAGUAACAGGCGAAAACAGCACUACAUGACAAAACAUUAACGGUGGUGACUUUUUAGGUUUAUUUUCUAUAACUAUCUAAUCUUUUUCAGUCCAUCCUCCUAGUUUCUUCUACAGAAUGACAUUAAUCUGGCUAUUUUUUGCUAUAAUGUACUAUGUGAGUACACAUAUCGUCAGCAAAGCCUCAUCUCACACCAUCCAGAAGAUGAGCUUCUACUGCCAUCUACUGAAGAAGUUAAACAUCAUUUUUUAACUGCCAGUCCUUGUCGCCUCAAUAAAGGACGGCAUUGUGCUGAUGCUGUGUGUGACGGUAUUUGAGCAGACGCUGUCCUGCUACCUACAGUAUCAAUGAUGGUGACAAUAUGGUGCAUGUUAAGUGUUUUUGCUUUGAGAGUUACUGUUCACUAUUUGCAUUUUUUAUCGUGUUAAAUUGCCAUUUUUGCAAUCAGUCUCUCAAGUUCUCUGCAGAGAUGGGAGAACCUGCCGGAAGGAAAACCGUCUCAGUAGCAUCAGGCCUCAAUCAGGCCUGGAUACUAGAGUGGCUAGACCGAAGCCCCUUUGAGUAAAAGGCAUUCGACAGCCGGUUUGGAGUUUGCUAAACGGCAUUUAAAGGACUCUGAGAGCAUGAAGAAAAAGAUUCUCUGGUCUGAUGCGACAAAAUUUGAACCGCUUGAACAGAACUCCAGGGACAGGGAAAUUGGUAAGAAUUGAGGAAAGGAUGAAUGCAGCCAAAUAGACAGAGAUACUUGAAGAAAAAACCUGCUCCCGAGUGCAUUUGACCUGAAAAUAGGGCUAGAGUUCACCUUUCAGCCCGACAACGAUCUGAAGCAUACAGCCAAAACAACGCUGAAGUGGCUUCUGAAUGUCCUUGAGCGGCACAGCCAAAGCCCAGAUUAAACCCCGUGGAAGAUCUGUGGAGAGACCUGAAGAUGGCAGAUCACAGAUGCUUCCCAACCAGUCUGACAGAGGUUGAGAGGAUAUGCUAAAAUAAGGGGAUAAACUGCCCAAGUCCAGGUGUGCAAAACUUACAGAGACUUACCAAAGAAGACUCAAAGUUGUAAUUGCUGCCAAAAGGGCUUCUACUUUUAAGAACAUGUUUUCACCUUAUCACUAUGGAUUACUGAGUGCAGAUUGAUAGGCAAAAUGGC